AUGAACCGAUUCGGUGACAUGGCUUAUGAAGAAUUCAAACAACAAAUGAAUGAAUUCAAAAUGUCAGCUAACGUUGAAACAAUUAAUUUGGAUCGGCACACAUUCUUAGUUUCUUCAAACGUUGCUAUUCCAGGUGCUGUUGAUUGGCAUUCAAAAGGUUACGUAAUACCAAUCAAAUAUCAAGGACAAUGUGGAUCACGCCAGGCAUUCUUCGCUACCGAUUUCGUUGAUAUGAGAGCUCAAAAUGAAACUGGUCUUCGAAACGCCAUUGCUAUUAAUGCAUUACAAGAUUCAUUUCGGUUCUGCAAAUUAGAUAUAUAUAAAGAACCAGACUGUUCAUCAACCGAACUCGAUCAUGGUGUAUUAGCUGUUGAUUAUGAUAAAUCAAGAUCAUGA